UCCGAAUCAGAAACCAGCUUCAGAGAUCAUCAUGGCGUCCUCCAGGAAGGUGCUGGAGCUGUUCGUGUCCAGGGUUCCGUGGACCGUCCAGGCCAAGGAGAUGAGGGAAUACUUCACACAGUUCGGCGCGGUGAAGAAGUGUCUGCUGCCGUUUGACAAGGAGACGGGUUUCCACCGGGGAUUCUGCUGGGUCAGCUUCUCCUCCGAGGAGGGAAUCAGCAACGCCCUGCAGAAGGACCCGCACGUCCUGGAGGGGAGCAAGCUGCAGGUUCAGAGGAACAGACGUCCGUUUUCUGGACAGAAAUCCAGCAGAGACGUCGACUCCGACUGAAACAACAGAAUAACCUGUGUGUGUGUGUGUGUGUGUGUGUGUGUGUGUGUGUGUGUGUGUGUGUGACCGUCUCAUUAGGUUAUUCAGUUAUAAAACCUUGUAUUUAUUGUCAAUAAUCGUUAACUGUGAUCAAUAAAUCCACUUAAGGCUCCACAAACAUCAAUCUGUCAUUUCCAGCCAAUAAAGACGAUGUUUGAUUCUC